CCGUAGCAUACCGUGUUUCUACACGUAGCCGGCGUAUUUGUUUACAACGGAUAUCACGAUAUCGUGCCAUAGAACGCUAGAAGGAGAUAAGAAGAAAACAUCAAUGUCUCCAGCACAGGAACUCGAGUCAUCCACACCCAUUAGCUCCUCCCUCUGUUAGUACUACCGGUGAACAUGGCUGCAGCUCCUUCUGCUGCUGCUGCCGCCGCGCAGGACGAGCUAAACCAGCUAGAGCGGGUGUUUUUACGUCUUGGCCAUGCAGACACCGAUGAACAGCUGCAGAGUAUCAUCUCUAAGUUCUUGCCACCGGUUCUUCUCAAGCUUUCUAGUGCCCAGGAGGGAGUACGGAAGAAGGUUAUGGAGUUACUUGUUCACUUGAACAAAAGGAUCAAGAGUCGUCCCAAGAUCCAGCUUCCUGUGGAAACACUUUUAGUCCAGUACCAGGAUCCUGCAGCCGUGUCUUUUGUGACUAAUUUUACAAUAAUCUAUAUAAAAAUGGGCUACCCUCGGUUGCCGAUCGACAAACAGUGUGAGUUGGCCCCAAGCCUGCUAACAGCGAUGGAAGGCAGACCUCAGCCUCAGCAAGACAGCCUAAUGCACAUCCUGAUUCCCACCCUUUAUCAUAUGAAGUACCCCAGUGAAUCAUCUAAAUCCACAUCUCUUUUUAACCUUUCUGAGAAGCCAAAGACUGUUCAGCUCCUUUUGGAUUUUAUGUUGGAUGUUCUCCUGAUGCCGUAUGGAUUUGUAUUGAGUGAACCUCAGAGUCGCCAGAUGUCCUCACAAGGUUCUUCGACAAGUGGUGGUGUAGGAAUCCCUCAGCCUCCCCCUGGCUUAAGCUUCUAUGCUGCCAAGCGUGUGGUGGGAGAUAACCCAUGGACCGCUGAACAGCUAGAACAGUGCAAAUUAGGAAUUGUGAAGUUUAUUGAGGCUGAACAAGUGCCUGAGCUGGACUCUGUCAUACACCUUGUAAUAGCAUCCAGUGACACACGACAUAGCGUGGCUACAGCGGCAGACCUGGAGCUAAAGAGCAAACAGAGCUUGAUCGACUGGAAUGACCCUAUUAUUAUCAACAAGAUGUACAAAGUUUAUUUGGGAGACAUACCACUUAAGACAAAGGAGGGACACGUGAUAAAGCCUGAAUUGAAGCGAGAUCCUGUGAGCACGAGGGUCAAAUUAAAGAUCGUCCCCCAUCUCUUGAGAUCCAGACUUGCAGCAGAGAUGUUUCCUCCUAACAUACAGGUGGUUUAUGAUGGGCUCUUUGGAGGAAAUACAAAUGCCAAAUUAAGAGUACUAUCCCUACAGUUUGUACAUCAUAUCUGUAGCACAUGCCCCGACAGUAAAAUAAAGCCUCUUGGACCAAUGCUGCUGAAUGGACUCACCAAGCUCAUCAAUGAAUACAAAGAGGAUCCUAAGUUGUUGUCUAUGGCGUAUUCUGCUGUCGGGAAGCUGUCCACCCGACUGCCUCAGUUAUUUACUAAGGAUCUCGCUCUGGUGCAACAGUUCUUUGAAGCCAUGAGAAAGGAGGAUACGGAUGUCAGGCUUUCUAUCCAGGAAGCUCUGUCUAUGAUGGUUGGGGCUUACAAUAAUCUAGAAGGAGCACAGCUGACGCUCAUGGAGGCCCUUGUUGGUUCGUACUUAGUUAAGCCUGAAGUUCAGGUUCGACAGGUUGCUGUGAAGUUUGCCAGUAGUGUUUUUGCUCCUGACCACAUCCCAUCAAGAUAUUUGCUUUUGCUCUCUGCUGGAGAUCCGAGAGAAGAAGUGCACGGAGAAGCCCAGAGAGCCCUUCGGAUGGUCGUGCCUGGCAAAGAUGAGAAAGAUGCCCCUCCACAGAAACUUCCCUCUUUCCCGGUGAUGGUCAGUCACAUCUUGGAAAAGGCUUCCAGCCGGAUGAAGAUGCCUGUAAAGUUUGUGACUACAACUUCAGUGCUCCCAUUUAACCCUGCAGCUUUUUUAGAGAUAAUCUUGUAUUUAAGAAUGUGCCUGGCUCACAGCGCUGGGGUUUCACCCACCUGCCAGUCUUUAGCGGAUAUGCAAGACCAAGCUCCUGCUCUGGGGCGCUACAUAAGAGAACUAAUGUCCAGUGGUCUCACUGCCCGAGAAUCCUCCUCUACAAAGAAUGGUGACAUGAACCCCGUGGAAAUGUACAUAAACCUAAUCCAGCAAUUGCUAACUGCAGGUGGAGGGCUGCCUGUCAUGUACUGCCUUCUCGAAGUAGUCUCUGUCUAUCCACAAAGACUUUCUGCUACACUAAUAGAAUCCACUGAUUGGAUAAAGGGUCUGAUGGUUUCCAAUAAGGAGGAGAUGCGAGAGCUAGCAGCUCAGCUAUACGCAGUAGUAGUCUCCACCAUGUCUGGACCCGAAUUAAGAUGUAAGCUGCAGAGUCUUAUUAAGAGUGCCAAGGACAACCAUAACCCUGAAGCUCAGCAUGGGUCUCUUCUCGCCCUGGGCUACCUGAUUGGGAGGUAUCUGGCCAAAGCGCGCAGGGCUGAUGGAGAACUGCAUGAUCUGGAGAAAGCUGAAUCUGCUACCAUGUCUGAGCAGGCCGAAAUCAUCCAAACCUGUGUAGAAACUAUUGGCUUGUUUUUGGACAACCCUUCUCCUCUGUUAUCGGUGGCGGCCAUUACAGCUUUGGGGGAGAUUGGAAGAAGUGGAGCCCUGCCCAUUCCAGACAAUGGUUCUGGCUUUACCAAGAAGCGACUUGUGGAAAAUUUGCUGGCACGGAUACCUUCUGGAAAGGAAACCAACAAGGCAAAAGAGAGAGCUAUUAGGACACUUGGUUAUUUACCGGUCGGAGAUGGUAACUUCCCUCAUCAGAAAAUGCUGCUUCAAGGUCUUAUGGAGUCGGUUGAAGCAAAGCAAAUUGAGCUUCAGUUCACUGUUGGAGAAGCCAUUACAAAUGCUGCUGUUGGUACCAAAUCAUCGGCCGCUAGGGAUGUUUGGGUUGUUACAGAAGAGGAUUACCAUCCCCCAGCAGAUGUGAAAGUGAACGACGAGGUUCCGUGGGUUUUGGAUCAGGUUCUUAACAAGCAUGUAGUCAGCAUUAACCCACAUGUCAGACAAGCAUCUUGUAUAUGGCUACUUUCUCUGGUGAAAAAGCUGAACAAACAUCAAGAAGUAAAGUCUAAGCUGAAAGAGACUCAGAGUGCCUUCAUAUCAAUUCUUAGUGAUAGUGAUGAACUUAGCCAAGAUGUUGCAUCAAAAGGUCUUGGGUUGGUAUUUGAACUGGGCAAUGAGCAAGACCAACAGGAGCUGGUGUCCAUACUUGUGGAGACGCUCAUGACUGGGAAAAGAGUGAGGCAUGAAGUUGCUGGAGACACAGAAGUCUUUCAGGGAGUUUCUCUUGGAAAAACACCAGAUGGACAGGGACUGUCUACAUAUAAGGAGCUGUGUGCGUUGGCUAGUGACCUCAGCCAACCAGACCUCAUCUAUAAGUUCAUGAACCUGGCUAACCACCAUGCCAUGUGGAAUUCGCGAAAGGGUGCUGCAUUUGGGUUUAAUGUGAUAGCUGACAAAGCUGGAGAGCAACUUGCUCCAUUCCUGCCCCAACUGGUUCCACGUCUAUAUCGUUAUCAGUUUGACCCCAACACUGGAAUUCGUCAAGCGAUGACCAGCAUAUGGAACGCCCUAGUCACAGACAAGACAACCGUAGAUAAAUAUUUGCCUGAGAUUCUGCAAGACUUGAUAAAUAACUUGACAAGCAAUAUGUGGAGGAUCCGUGAGUCGAGCUGUUUAGCACUUAAUGACUUGCUACGCGGCCGGCAGUUGGAUGAUGUUGUAGACAGGCUUCCUGAGAUAUGGGAGACUCUGUUUAGAGUCCAGGAUGAUAUAAAGGAAUCUGUCCGGAAAGCUGCAGAGCUAGCUGUGAAAACGUUGAGCAAGGUCUCUAUAAGGAUGUGUGAUCCCAGCAAAGGAGCCGCUGGCCAAAAGACAAUCGCCGUGCUUCUGCCGUGUCUCCUGGACAAGGGAAUGAUGAGCACGGUCACUGAAGUCAGGGCACUAAGUGUCAACACGCUUGUUAAAAUCAGCAAAAGUGCUGGGGAAUUGUUGAAGCCUCAUACUCCAAAACUAAUCCCUGCGUUGUUAGAGGCCUUGAGCGUCCUGGAACCUCAAGUUCUCAACUACCUCAGUCUGAGAGCGACGGAUCAAGAGAAGGCUGCGAUGGACAGUGCAAGACUGAGUGCCGCCAAGUCCUCUCCAAUGAUGGAAACAAUAAAUAUGUGUAUACAGCAUGUGGAUGCCCCUGUCCUGGCAGAGCUGGUUCCAAGAUUGUGUGACUUGAUCAGGGGUGGACUUGGCCUAGGUACUAAGGGUGGAUGUGCCAGUGUCAUUGUAUCUUUAACUACACAAUGCCCUCAAGACUUGAUGCCUUACUCUGGCAAACUUAUGAGUGCAUUAUUAAAUGGACUAAAUGAUCGCAAUAGUGUGGUGCAGAAGUCAUAUGCCGCUGCUUUGGGCCACUUAGUUCGGACGGCAAGGGAUAGCAGUACAGAGAAACUACUACAGAAAAUGUGUGCUUGGUACAUGGAGAAAGAGGAGCCAGCAUACAGAACUGGUUGUACGUUAACAGUCCAUGCCAUCAGUCGCUACAGUCCAGAUGUUUUGAAGAACCACUCUGCAGUUGUAUUGCCUUUAGCUUUCCUUGCAAUGCAUGAAGUUUCCGAUGAAGAAAAAGGUGAUAAAGAAGAUUCCAAUCUUUGGAAAGAAGUGUGGCAGGAAAAUGUCCCAGGAAGCAUCAGUGGUGGCAUUCGUUUGUACAUGACAGAGUUGAUCAGUAUUACCCAGAAAGCUUUGCAGUCACCUUCUUGGAAAAUGAAAGCUCAGGGAGCAGCUGCCAUGGCAUCAAUUGCGAAACAGCAAACGGGUUCCCUUGUGCCUCCUCACUUGGGACUGGUGAUCAAUGCCCUUCUACAGGGUCUGCCUGGAAGAACGUGGGCUGGAAAGGAAGAAUUGUUAAAAGCUAUUGGAACAGUUGUUUCAGCUUGCAGCGAGAAGUUGCAAGCGCCCUCCCCUGAUCAGCCAAGUGUGGAUGAGAUAGUGCAGGCCGUGCUUAAGGAGUGCCGCAAGGAAAAUGUCAGAUACAAGAUAAGCGCGCUAAAGUGUGCCGCCAAUGUGCUGGAAUCCACCAAGGUGGACCGCUUUCGUGACAUAGCAGAUCUCUUAUUUCCGCUCAUAGAAAAGACUUCUCUGGAAACAAUGGGAGCUCGCUCACCUAAAGACGAUGAUGAACAUGAGGAUGAUAAGAUAAAGGAGUUGCAUAUGGAAUGUCUUUUGUGUGCCUUCUCAACGCUAGGAAAAGCCUGGCCCAGAAACCCUGAAACACAACGUUGCUACAGACUUGAGGUGUGCAAGCUGAUGUCUGGAAGACUGAAACUCAGCACUUGGAAGGUCCAACAGGCAGUCCUUCAGUCCAUGAAUACAUACUUUCAAGGGUUACUGCUUUUGGAAAAGGAACACUCAGACAGCGCUGCCCUUACAGAAAUCCUUACAGAAACGUGUCCGGCAAUAGCACAUUCUCUUGAAAAUAAAAGUUAUUCAUCAGUACGAACAGAGGCAGUGUCGGUAUUAGAGCUACUGCUUCAAAAACUGGAAGAUGCAGAACAGUGGAAAUGCCUGACCGUAGACAACAAGAACAUACUCAUAGCAUCAUUAUCCACAAUGGAAACAGACAGCAGGCCUGAUCUCAGAGAAAAGGGGUUGUCACUAAAGAAAAAGCUGGAGAACUUAGACUAUAAAUAGAAAAGGAUAUAAAUAGAAAAACGCACCCUUCGCAUUUCAGUCCCAAACACACAGCUGUCUGCUCUGGAAAAAAACAAUGAACACAAGAUCCCACCUCUUCUGUAGCAUGCAUCAUUCCAUGCCUAAAAUAAAUAUUUACGUGAAUUA